AUGUGUCAUCCAGUUGUCGAUGAGGUGCUUUUUGCUCUCGCAACAGCCUCUUCCACAAGGCUGUUUAAGGUUAGAUCGGGUACUGGCACCGUUUCAAGUGCUGGUCACUCGUCUGCUCGGCAUGCCUGCUGUCGGUGGCGACAACUUGCGGAGGAGUGUGCAAAUGCAGCUGCCGAGCUGCCUCAGGAGGCACUUGACGAGGCCUUCCCACUAGGUCGUGUCGUUCUCUUCUACAUUCCAAAAUGCAAGCGUCAUUGGACACAGGAUUGGCAGUUAUUCAUGGAGACGCCAAGUGAGCCUAGUUUUGUCACACUGGGAGCUGUUCUGAGGUGUUCCAGAUACGCCGGUGACAUUUCUCUUGAGGUGCUGACAUGGGAACAGCCACGGCCUCCAAAACCACAUGGCACCAAUGCCAAUGGUGGAUCCAAAGACGUGGAAGAGGAGAUUCUAUAUGAACGUAUGGGAUGCAUUGGGCCUAAAUCCGCACCAUUUCCACCACAGCUAAUGCCGACGUACUGUCCACAGACAUUGGAGGAAAGCAAAUGGCGCAUCACUGCGAUCGCGUACCUGCCACUACAUGCUGUAUUGGCGGUGUUUCCUUUUACGGCAUUUGCCGGCAAUGUGGGUAAAUACGCGCAAGCUGUGAAGCGACAGAGCGAGCGGUUGAGUCGGAAACAAAAUCAGUGCCCACACGCCAACGCGAAUGGGAUUUGCGAGAAGCCUGAUGGCUCACGUUGCACAGUGACCCGGGCCCGUCAGCUCAUGGCGACCAGCAAACGGCUGUUUGAAUAUGCGCAGAAGUGUCUCUCUGACCAAGACAAGGGCGUGGCGUUUUGGCAACUCCUCGGUCUGCAG